AUGCAGCAGGAAACAGGAGAACUAAUAAUAGUUUCCGUCAUUCUGGAGUCUGAGGUGACUGUUGAAGAUGUAAAGGGAGGGGGGCGGGACGGGAGCAGGACGGGGGCCGGACGGAGGCAGGACGGGGGCCGGACAGGGGCAGGACGGGAGCAGGACGGGAGCAGGACGGGGCGGGACAGGGGGCAGGACGGGGGCCGGACGGGGCGGGACAGGGGGCAGGACGGGGGGCAGGACGGGGGCCGGACGGAGGCGGGACGGAGGCGGGACGGGGGCAGGAUGGGGGCCGGACAGGGACCGGACGGGGGCGGGACAGGGGGCCGGACGGGGGCAGGACGGGGGGCAGGACGGGGGCGGGACAGGGGGCAGGACGGGGGCGGGACAGGGGGCAGGACGGGGGCAGGACGGGGGCAGGACGGGGGCAGGACGGGGGCAGGACGGGGGCAGGACGGGGGCAGGACGGGAGCAGGACGGGGGCAGGACGGGGGCGGUUACCUUCGGAACUGCAGCUUCGGCCUAAAAAACCCCUGUGGAACUGGCGUCAAGGUCCAGAUUUGA